CACGGUUGGUCGAAAAACAAUGUUGCCAAACCCUGCACGAUUUUCAAAUUUUCGGAUUUUGUUCCACCAUGCAGGUAAUUAUUGUCAAAAAAUUCAAAAAAUCUUACAAGAAGUUCCAAGGUCAAAAUCUAUAAAUCCAUCGUCACACCUGUACUAACAUAUGGAUGCGAAACGUGGACCAUGACCAAAUCAAACGAAGAAAAGCUCAGACGUUUUGAACGAAAAAUACUUAGAAAAGUUUUCGGACUUCACCACGACAUUAACACAAACCAGUAUAGGAUCAGAACCAACAUUGAAUUAAAAGCACUCUACAAUGAUGCCGAUAUUGUCCAAGAAAUUAAAUCACAGCGACUAAGAUGGGCAGGCCACGUGCACAGACUUCAUAACGAGAGACUUGUAAAACUGGUAUGGGAGGAGAUUCCUACAGGCAAAAGACCACUCGGACGUCCCAGAAUGCAAUCGAGGGAUAACAUCCAAUCAGAUCUUCGAAAAAUGAACAUUCCAUUUGACCCUAGGUUGAUGGAAAACCGAACAAAUUGGAAGAAAGUUGUACAGUCAGCUAGGACCCACCCAGGGUUGUAGCGCUACGUGAUGAUGAUGAUGAGGUAAUUAUUGUGUUUUGUUUCCCUGCGAAUUAUCAUCAGAGGUUGAUGCAGAUAUACAUGGAUUUCUACGGCUGUCGCCGCCUCUCCAUACCCAGCUUCCAAUUUUUUCUAUCGUAACACGUAUCUUCAUCUAAUUGCCUCGAAUCCAUUGCGUCCUGAAUAUUGUCCCUCCAGCUUCUCCGUGGUCGUCCCCUUCUUCUUCUCUCCGGUGGGACCCACUCUAAUAUUUUUCUCGGCCAGCGAAUCUCAUUCAUUCUUUUUUUUUUUUUCUUUUAUUCUUUUAACGUGCCCGAACCAUGUCAGCUGUACAUGAUGCAGAUAAUAAAUAAAAAAAACUCUAGAAUGCCCUUAACUCCGUAAUGACUAUGACUAAAAUUAAAAAAAAACAUUUUGCAUUAGAAUUUCAAUGCCGUAUAUACAGUCAUAAAUUUUAAUCUUACUCAGUCCAUUUUUGAUAUU